AUGUCGAGACGAAAGAAUAGUGCUUACGAGGACCCCUUUGCGCGAAAAGAGAGUGUGGACGAGGGUGAGAUCCAAGAUGCAGAGAUUGACUAUCAAUCUCUCGAGUGGUGGCAAGCUUCAAUGAUCAUGAUUGCUGAGACCAUCUCGCUGGGCAUUCUCUCGCUGCCGUCAGUACUUGCGAGAAUCGGUCUCGUGCCUGGACUCAUCUUGCUUGUUGGACUCGGAAUUAUCGCAACCUACACCGGAUGGGUUAUUGGACAAUUCCGUAUGAAGUAUCCUUGGGUUGUGUCAUUCGCAGAUGCGGGCGAGAUCCUCUUCAAACCGCUCAAGAUGGGCGCCAUUGGCCGCGAAGUCUUCGGCGGAGCACAAACAAUCUUCCUCAUCUUCACUAUGGCUAGUCACAUCCUAACCUGGACCAUCUGCCUCAACACCGUGACUGACAGCGCUACGUGUACCGUGGUAUGGGCAGUCAUCGGACUAGUCAUCUUCUGGCUCUUCGACUUACCCAGAACUUUGAAGAAUGUAUCGUUCAUGUCCAUCGCAUCAUUCAUCUCCAUCUUCUCGGCUGUACUGAUCAGUAUGGUUGCCAUUGGCAUUCAAAAGCCCAAAGGCAACACACCAUUGGCGGUGACUACUGUGCUGCCCUUUACAGACGCUUUUGUUUCUGUCAGCAACAUCGUGUUUGCUUACGCUGGACACUCCUGCUUCUUUGGCUUCCUGGCGGAGAUGAAAAAUCCAGCCAAGGAUUGGACCAAAGCUUUGAUCUUCCUCCAGGUUUGGGAUAUCAGUCUCUAUAUCGUUGCGGCUACAGUCAUCUACGUGUUUGCCGGUCCGAAUGUCACUUCACCUGCUCUUGGCUCAGCGGGCCCCAUUGUGAGGAAAGUCGCUUGGGGGAUCGCUAUUCCAACAAUUAUCAUCGCUGGAAUCAUCUACGGCCAUGUUGCUUCAAAGUACAUCUUCGUCCGUUGCUUCAGAGGCACAGUCCACAUGACCAGAAGAACCAAAACCAGCACUCUUGCAUGGACGGGAAUCACACUGACCAUCUGGGUCAUCGCUUGGAUCAUUGCAGAGUCAAUCCCAAAUUUCAACGACCUACUUGGCCUGAUCAGUGCUCUGUUCGCUGCACACUUUACCUACACCUUGAGCGGAGUGUUCGGAUUAUACCUGAACCAUGGACAUUGGUUCGAUAGUCCGAAGCAGAUUGUACAGUUUUGUGUCAAUUGGGUGGUCAUUGCGAUAGGUGCAACAGUGUGUGUGGCUGGACUUUAUAGUUCGGGCAAGGCGAUUGCAGCGGGUGGAGGCAAUGGAUCUUGGACGUGCAAGAGCAAUGCUCAGUAG